CUCUUCCUCCCUUCUCCCCUUUCUCCUCCGGGCCUGGCCCAGAGCAGGCAUGGAGAUGGAGGGGAAAGGGAGGAAGGAGGAGGAGGAGGAGGAUGAAGACGAGGAGAUAAUCAUGGAAUCACUGCGAGGGAGGCCUCGGCCGCCUCCCGUCUCGGCCCUCUCCUCCUUCAGCUACGUCCCCCUUCGACGCCAGGCCCCGAAAGAGCACAGCUACUUCUAUCAGGAGGCCAAGACAGACACCGUCUCCAUAUACGACUGCAUUUUUAAAAGACCACCAGGUUACAAUGAAAAACUGCACCGAGAUGACAGAGAACAUGCAAAAAGUCAAGGACUUCACGUUAACAAAGAGGAAUGGGCAAGACCCGUGGGUGUUUUGGCAUCUUCAGAGUAUGGACGGCACAUAAAACAUCCCGUGGAAGAGCUCAGCAGAGAUCACGUGAGGAUCAACCGUGUGAAGGCUGAGUUCUACCGGAAAAAUGAAAUCACCUGCAUGAAGGAGACCAGCUUUGGACACAUUGCUCCAUUCUGACAUUUUUGCCAUCAGCGAGGUGGGCACUGGGGUCACAGUACAACUGGGUUUCUGUCGUUUGGGGAUAGGGAGAGGUAGAAGAAUAAAAGGGGUUUAAUUAAACCUUUAUUUCCUGUUCGAUCCAACUAGGGCAGUUUAGCCUAAAAUCAGCUUAGAGAAGUUUUAGUGAGAGCACAGCUGAAACUUUUCCACUGGAAGCUCUUGAAAGAAGUGUAACAGUCGGCCAUUCCACUCCAUUAUUUCCUACAUUUAAAAUCUGGCCUGUCAUUUAUAAUUGCUAAGAAUUAUUUUCCAGGUAUAAUGGUGACUUGAUAUUUUAGUAUUUGUGGUUAAUAUGAUCCAUUUCUGUUUAUCCAUGAAUAUAUCAAUAAAGUCUAUUUUCCAUUAUGA